AUGCUUCUACUCGCGUGUCUCCGGCGCUGCGCGCGGCUUCUCUACUGGAUCCCAGUUACGAUCAUUAUCAUGGUCGUGAUGUGGUCAUACUACGCAUAUGUUGUGCACUUCUGUUGGAGUCUGCUUACCUGUGCGACGCAAAAAGUGUCGUUCCUUUGCCUGUUCCACGUGUGUUUUGGAAUGUUUUCGUGGUCAUUUUGGAAAGCAGUUUCCACUCCACCAUCCUCUCCUUCUGUGGAGUUUCAGCUCUGUUCUUCAGACUCACUCCCUUAUGAGCAUGACGAUGGUGGUAUGGAAAAGUGUCUUCUGGAAACCUCCUGGAAGUUUCCAGUUCACACACGUACAGAGAGUGGAGCUAUCAGGUUCUGUCAUCUCUGCCGAUUGAUAAAACCAGAUCGCUGCCAUCACUGUUCUGUCUGCCAAAUAUGUGUACUAAAGAUGGAUCAUCACUGCCCCUGGUUGAAUAACUGUAUUGGAUUCUCCAACUACAAGUUCUUCAUGCUCUUCCUACUCUACUCAUUCCUGUACUGCCUUCUCAUCGUCACCACCGUUACACCGACUUGCAUCAAUCUGUGGCUGGGCAAGCUGUUUGAUAGUUGUGUAAAACUGCAUGUUUUGUUCCUGACAUUGGUGUCAGCCAUGUUUGCUGUGACCCUCUGUUUUCUGCUGCUCUUCCACAUCUGGCUGCUUGCCAACAACAAAACCACACUUGAGUGGUUGUCAGUCCCUUUUUUUGUGGACGGGCCAGAUAGUGAGGCAUUUGAUGUGGGCAGCCAAGCAAACUUCGUGCAGGUGUUCGGAAAGAAAAAGAGACUCUGGCCAUUUCCAGUAUUCAGCAGUCAAGGGGAUGGACAUUCGUUCCUCUUGAGAUGGCAGAUGCCGACUCACAAUCGUGCAGUGAUGAAUGGGAAUGGGAAUUGUGACUUGGAAGAGAUAGUGGUCUCACCUGAGGGUGUCUGUUACCAUGGCAGAAGAUGACUAGCAGUAAUGAAAUAAGGUUGCCAGAAUGUGUCAUUGCCACUGUAAGUCUCUGGACUGAGGCAAUUUCUAGAAAGAUCUCAAUCACAGGUUAAGCUUUCAGGAGCGGCAGGCAGCCCUCUGGGAGAAGAGAGGGUCAACACCUGCCUGUGUGAUCAGUUUUCACCUGGAACACUUCCUGCAGGAGAGAUCAGGUCUCCAAAACCUCUCUUUUACUGAUCAGAGUGUGAGAGAGCAUUAUCGGGUGUCUUUGCUGAGUGAUAAUGUCUUAAGUUUAUUAUUUUGUGAUAUAAAUUUGAUUUCUGGAGAUCUUGGGUGUUUUACUGUUUUUGAGAGUGGAUUCUCGCUUUAUGACGUGGCAUGUUUCCAAUCACAAUUAGUUAAAAUAUCUUCAAAGAGCU